AUGACAAGCUGGAGGAAGGAGGAGAAAGCAGCCAUGGACGAGGAGUCGUUAAAUGCCACGGACACGCUUGACGAACCCUUCGCCGAGCACACUUCUCGUGAUACUGCCGAUUUCUAUCGCAACCAACCUGUAGUUGACCGGAGAAUUCAUAUUAUGGGUAUUGGCAACGUGGGAAGCUUCAUUGCUUAUGCUCUUCGCGGGAUCCCCAAUCCGCCUCCAGUGUCGCUCAUAUUUCCACGGUGGGAGAGACUGAAGGAGUGGACGGAUUCGCCACAGAAAUUGACUCUGAUCACCGACGGCAAUGCUGAAAUGCAAGGCGGAUAUGAUGCGGAACUGGCUAUACCACGCAUGCGACAUCACGGGAAAGAGGUAGGCUUAGUCCCUUCGUCAACGGAAAUUGCUGUAGGGAUGCAGGGAAGCAUCAACAUCUUGGAAGGCGAGUCAACAGAGCCCAUCGGUUCUUUGAUCAUAUGCUCCAAGGCUCCAUAUGUUUUGCAAGGUCUGUCGUCUGUAAAGCACCGACUACACAAGGAUUCUGUCAUCUUAUUCCUCCAAAACGGAAUGGGAAUUGUCGAAGAGGUCAACCAAGAUAUCUUCCCUGAUCCAGCUACAAGACCACACUACAUGCUUGGUAUCAACUCUCAUGGAAUGCACACUUCGCCAGACGGUCAGUUCGCAACCGUCCACGCCGGGUUCGGGACAAUCUCCCUGGGAAUACUACCACAUGAACGAGACCGCCGACCAGACUCUCCUUACUUACCCGAACCAAAGUUUGCCGCUAAGAAGGACAAAGGACCAAUGUACCCCAGUCCCCCUGAUGAGCUCAACCCCGAGUACCCACCCCCGAGCAGCGCAAAGUUUCCUUUUACACCCAACCAGCGUUACCUUUUGCGCACCCUUUUGCGCACCCCCGUCCUAAGUGCCGCAGCUUUCUCGCCUCCAGAUCUGCUUCAAAUGCAGCUCGAUAAGCUCGUAGUCAACUGUAUUAUCAACCCCCUGACGGUUCUUCUCGACGCGCGAAACGGUGCUAUUUUGAAUAAUUACGCUUUGACACGCACUUUUCGCCUCCUUCUCUCGGAAAUAAGCCUCGUCAUUCGCUCGUUGCCAGAACUACAAUAUAUUCCCAAUGUACAACAGCGGUUUGACCCGGGGCGUCUAGAGACGGUGGUCGUUGCUGUAGCAAAUCUCACUAGGGACAACGUCAGCAGCAUGUUGGCAGAUACAAGAAAGGGAAUGCAAACCGAGAUUGACUACAUCAACGGCUGGAUUGUGAAGAGGGGCGAGGAGUUGGGCAUCAAGUGCGCAAUGAACUAUAUGUUGAUCCAACUGGUCAAAGGAAAGAGACUCGUUAUACAGCAUGAUAUUGAAGAGAGCGUGCCAUUUGUGAAGGGAAAGGAGGGAAGGGCUGAUUCUGAUUUGACCAUUAGAGAGGGUGAGGCAAAGGCUCCUAGUGAGGAGAACUCUUAG